ACCAAACUUGUUCUUGCUUAAACAAACAAACCUUAACCAACCAACCAACCAUGGCAUCGUCAGUUGUGGUGGACAACAGCCAGCGUGAGAUGGAGAUCAAAGCCUUCCACGAAAGCAAAGCCGGCGUCAAAGGCCUCGUCGACGCCGGUGUCACCAAGCUUCCCUCCAUGUUCAUACAUCCUCCAGAGGAUCUUCUCAGCUAUUCCCUCCCUCAAGAAGAAGAAGACGACGAGCAUCUUCACAAGAUUCGCAGCCUUCAGUUCCCCGUGAUCGAUCUCACCGGGUUUGAUACUGAUUCCUCGGAGAGCCGAAAGGAGAUCGUGGAGGAGAUAAGGAACGCGGCAGAGUCAUGGGGAUUCUUUCAGCUGGUGAACCAUGGGAUUCCUCGUGGCGUAAUGGAGGGAAUCCAGAGAGGAGUCCGAGCUUUCCAUGAGCUUCCUCAGGAGGAGAAAGCAAAGUGGUACUCGCGCGACUUUUCUCGCAAGGUUAACUUCUUCAGCUUUCAUGGAGAUCUCAGCGCAGCAACUCCGGCCGACUGGAGAGAUACCUUAUCUUGCAAGACUCUACAAGACCCCGAAAGCUUUCAAGAAAUACCACAAAUCUGCAGAGAAGAAGUGAAGGAGUACAUGGAAGGCAACGAUGGAGUUGUGAUGAAGUUGUCUGAGUUAUUUUCGGAAGCUUUAGGUCUUGCAAGUGAUUAUCUAGCAGGCACAAGAUGCUUCAAUGCAAGGUCAAUGGCGUGUCACUAUUUCCCGAUAUGUCCCGAGCCACAUUUGACCAUGGGUGGGACCAAGCAUACUGACCUCGGGUUCCUCACCUUGCUCCUCCAAGAUAGUGUCGGCGGCCUUCAAGUUCUUCAUCAAGAUGUUUGGAUUGAUGUUCCUCCUGUCAAGGGUGCUUUGCUCGCCAAUAUUGCUGACAUGAUGCAGAUUAUUACAAACGGGAAGUUCAAGAGCGUGGAGCAUCGAGUUGUGCUGAGACCAACUGUAGAGCCACGUAUCUCAAUUGCAUGCUUUCUAAGCACUGAUGAUCUUGAUAGGCCAUAUGGGCCGAUAAAGGAGCUUUUAUCAGAAGACAAUAAGCCCAUUUAUGACCAAGUCAUAUUCGGUGAAUACAUGAAGAAGUAUAAACUAUAAAUUACAUCAACGGUUUUGAAUUCUAUAUAUUCCAUCCUCUUAGAAUAAGGUUGUGGUUGGUGACAUUAAUAAUGUGGAACAGUGCAAGCAUAAUAAAUUAUAUAUAUGGACAUAUAUUUUAUUAUAGGCGACCAUGGUCAUGUUUAGAUUUCCAAAGUUAUUGUGCAAUGUAUCUCCUUUUCAUAAUCGAUCCGGUGUAUGGUUUGCUGAAUAAUUAUUGAGAAUUUUAA